AGUAGACCGUGCCUUAACAGCGUAACAAAAAUGUACGUGUAUUCACUGGCCUUUUUCUUAUUCUUUGGACCCCUGCUGAGUGAAGCCUCUUGUGGUCAAAGACCAAGCCAAUCUCGCAUUGUUGGCGGAACAACUGCAGUCCACGGUUCUUGGCCGUGGCAGUUGUCUCUUCGAUACUCAGGUGGACACAUUUGUGGCGCUUCUUUGAUCAGCGAAGAGUAUGCAAUAACUGCUGCUCAUUGUGUGAAUCAUGACUCUCGACCAAGUUCCUACAAAAUUGUGGCUGGUGCUCACAAAAGGUACGGCGAUGGAGUUGAAUACCAAGUUUCUCGCAUCUUCAAACAUGAGAGAUUCUCCAUGUCCCACCUACAAAAUGACAUUACAGUCCUCAAGCUGAGCUCUAAGGUGAAACUUGGUCCCACUGUUGGUAAGGUGUGUAUGCCUGCUCAAGGGUCACGUGCUAAAAUCGGUGCUCAUUGCUGGACAUCCGGAUGGGGCCGAAUAAGUGGUCAAUCUAACCAAGCAGCUUACGAACUACAACAGACCUCCUUACCCGUUGUCGAUCACGACACGUGCUACAGGAAAAACGGUUACUACGUUCAUGAGACCUCCAUGGUAUGUGCAGGUGCCUCUGGAAGCAGUGUGUGUAAUGGGGACAGCGGUGGGCCUCUAGUAUGCGAGGAAAAUGGAAAAUGGGUACUGCGUGGUGUUACUUCGUGGGUUACCAGCAAGGCUUGUCCCACGAUGACGUACUCCGUGUACGCACGAGUUGGAUCUUACGUGGACUGGGUAAAAGGCAAAAUGGGUGGUGGUGAUAGUGGUGGUGGCAAUUCAAAUUGUGCAGACUUGGAUUCAAAUUGCCGUUAUUGGACAGACAGCUGCGACCAGGAUCACAUCAAAAAUUACUGGUGCCCCAAAACAUGUGGCACUUGCAGUUAGGUUGAGGGAAGCUGUAAAGAUGGACUCUCCUUAUCAGGAUGAUAGGAUACUAUAAUCAUAAUAGUAGUAACACUAAUGAUGAUAAUAAACCAUAGCCUAAUACUCUAGAUAACGUGAGCACAUUUAAUUUUGGACAUUGAAGAGUAAAGGUAACGAUUAAAGGUCGAAAAAAAAACAAU